GGAGCCAAUGAGGCAGCUCUCUCUCUCUCUCUCUCCCAAGGAGGAGGCGGAGGAAGGAAUGCUGCAGGAUGCUCGCCGUCAUGGCUGUCAAACCCAGCGGCGAUUAGACACCAAAACAACGUUAUUCGAGAGGUAUUCCUCGAAAUGAGCGGGUCCAUGUCGGUAGCGGCCGUGGCGCUGUGGCUGGGUUCAGUGGUGACCAUCUUGUCAAGGUCACACGCUGACCGUAACGUCUACCCUUCUGCGGGAGUACUCUUUGUCCACGUCCUUGAAAGGGAGUACUUCAAAGGAGAGUUUCCACCUUAUCCAAAAUCAGGUGACGCCAGCAAUGAUCCCAUCACUUUUAACACCAACCUCAUGGGCUACCCCGACAGGCCUGGCUGGUUGCGCUACAUUCAGAGGACCCCUCACAGUGACGGGGUGCUCUAUGGGUCCCCUACUGCGGAGCAUGUCGGCAACCCCACUGUCAUAGAGAUUACUGCCUAUAACAGACGCACAUUUGAGACGGCACGGCACAACCUGGUCAUAAACAUCAUGGCUACGGAAGAGUUCCCGCUGCCUUACCAGGCUGAGUUUUACAUCAAGAACAUGAACGUGGAGGAAAUGCUGGCCAGCGAGGUGCUCGGCGACUUCCUUGGCGCGGUCAAGAACGUGUGGCAGCCGGAACGCCUCAACGCCAUCAACAUCACCUCGGCUCUGGACCGAGGAGGCCGAGUGCCGUUGCCCAUCAACAACCUGAAGGAAGGAGUGUACGUGAUGGUCGGCGCCGACGUCCCCUUCUCCUCCUGCCUACGAGAAGUGGAGAGCCCACACAACCAGCUGCGCUGCAGUCAGGAGAUGGAGCCUGCCAUCAGCUGUGACAAGAAGUUCAGAGCUCAGUUUCACAUCGACUGGUGCAAAAUCUCUCUGGUUGACAUCAACAAGGUGGUCCCGGUCUACAUUACUCGCCCGGACCCAGGCGCCGGGAUCCUGCCGGAGUUCGGGGAGUACGACCCCCCGUCUGUGUCGCUCAAGAGCAGGGACUACUUCUCCGAUUUCCUGGUCACCUUGGCCGUACCGUCCGCCGUGGCCGUCGUCCUCCUCUUCGUCCUGGGCUACUCCAUGUGCUGCAGGCGGGAGGGAGUGGAAAAAAGAAACAUGCAAACACCCGACAUCCAGCUGGUUCACCACAGCUCCAUCCAGAAGUCCACCAAGGAGCUGAGGAGCAUGUCCAAGAACCGCGAGAUCUCCUGGCCGCUCUCCACGCUGCCCGUCUUCCACCCGGUCAGCGGCGAGGUCAUCCCGCCGCUCCACCCGGACAGCUACGAGACCACCAGCAUGCCGCUGAUGCAGACCCAGACGAACCUUCAAAACCAGAUCACGAUCCCGCAGCAGAGGCCGUCAGGAGAGCAUUAUGUCAUGUCGACAUUCAGACGGUUGGAGGUAAAUGGUAUUCCUGAGGAGCGGAAAGUGGCCGAGGCUCUCAACUUGUGAGCGCGAGGAGGAGUCACCUUCUCCUAUAAUCCAAGCCAAUCUGCAUGUCCCGCACAGAGAUGAACCAUCUGUCUGCGUUGAGAAGGCAGCGUUCGGUUUAAUACCUGUCAAAUAAUUCCUUUGUACUUUGCACAUCAAGCCUCCUGGCGGAAAAAGGGAGUUGAACAGUUGUCAUGGUAACCGUGUUGUCACAUGAUAACCAAUAAAAAUGUGUCCUUUUGUGUCCUCAAAGUCACGACAGGACUUU